AUGCAGGCGCGGUCCAAGCAGUUGAAAAAUACUAAGUUCCCAGAUGUUGACACCCAAUGGCUGUUCGGGUGCAUAUUGUGUUUGGCUUUAGUGUUUGUUGAUCCUACGGCAACCCGUUGCUGGAUUUGGGAGCAAAUUUUAGGUAUCACACAAUACCCCACAUUAUACCCCACAGGGAUUAGUAGCUGGCUAAAGCUCCCAAGUUGCAGAGAACUCGAGAGUAAUCACAUCGCCAUGUCACAGUGGGAAAAGCGAAUCCGCGACCUGUUCAGAACGGCGCCCAGAGGUGAGACGUCCGAGCUUCGCAAAGGUCUUGUCUCACAGUACGCUCAUGAACGUAAAGAUGCCAUCGAGAGAACCAUUCAUGCCAUGACAUUGGGCAAGGAUGUUAGCGGCUUGUUCCCUGACAUUCUUAAGAACCUGGCUACUCACGAUCUCGAACAGAAGAAAUUGGUCUAUUUAUAUCUCAUGAACUACGCGAAAACACACCCGGAGCUCUGCAUUCUUGCGGUGAAUACCUUUGUUCAAGACACUGAGGAUCCGAAUCCACUAGUUAGGGCUCUUGCCAUCCGCACUAUGGGCUGCAUCCGUGUCGAUAAAAUGGUUGACUAUAUGAACAUACCUUUACAAAAGACCUUGAAAGAUGAAAACCCGUAUGUUCGCAAGACAGCCGCAAUUUGUGUCGCGAAACUAUUCGAUCUGAACUCUCAACUCGCUAUCGAGGAGGGUUUCGUUGAAGAGUUGCAAAACCUUAUGGAUGAUGCAAACCCCAUGGUUGUGGCGAAUGCGGUUUCAGCACUCGCAGAGAUCCAAGAUGCCGCACCACAGACCAAGUGUUUCGAAAUCACAAGUACCGUCCUGGUAAAACUUUUGGCCGCGUUGAACGAGUGUACGGAAUGGGGCCGUAUCUCUAUUCUCACCGCCCUGGCUGAUUACAAGGCCGAAAACGCUGAAGAGUCUGGCCAUAUCUGUGACCGCGUUGUGCCGCAGUUCCAGCAUGUCAAUCCUAGCGUUGUUUUGGCAGCCAUCAAAGCAGCCAUUGCCCACAUGCCCAGCCAGCCUAAUGAUGUUCAAGAGACCUUGAAACGUAAAAUGAGCUCUCCACUAGUAACUCUUUUGUCCACUCCUCCAGAGUUGCAGUACGUCGCGCUGCGCAAUAUUCGAAUCAUUUUGCAAAAGUACCCCUCGAUUGCCGCCAAGGAGUUGCGUGUAUUUUACUGUAAAUACAACGACCCAUUAUAUCUCAAGCUAGAAAAAGUUGAGAUUAUGGUGAAUUUGGCGACUGAAAACAAUGUCAAGCAGCUCAUUGCAGAGUUGAACGAGUACUGCCACGAGGUGGACAUGGAGUUCGUUCGUAGAGCGAUUCGCGCCUUGGGCCAAUGUGCAAUCAAGCUAGAAAGCUGUGCUCCUGCUGUCGUUGAUUGUUUACUGGAUCUUCUGGACAAUAAGAUUUCUUAUAUCGAUCAAGAGGUCAUGAUUGUUAUGCGUGAUAUUUUGCGCAAGUACCCUGCGUUUGAAGACGCCAUCCCACGCUUAUGCGAUAGUAUAGAAGAGAUCGAUGAGCCUGAGAGUAGGGCAGCUAUUGUUUGGAUUCUUGGUGAGUACUCUGAUAAAAUUCCGCCCAUCAAGUCUCUCAUCGCACCGUUUUGCAGAUCCUUCUUGGAAGAAGGCACCCAGGUUCAGCUUCAAGUUUUGACUGCUGCUGUCAAGCUCUAUAUUAAACGUCCCGACGAAGGGAAGGAGCUUAUUCACGAGCUCUUACAAACAGCAACGUCAAAGAGCGAUAAUGCUGACAUUCGCGACCGCGCCUAUGUAUACUGGCGAAUUUUGUCUAGUGAUCCUGCGGUUGCCAAAAAGAUUGUUCUGGCUGAGCGUCCUAUUAUUGAGACAACUAUUGAAAAAAUGCCAGAGAGUUUAUUGAACGAGCUUUUGGGUGAGAUCUCUACCCUUGCCAGUGUCUAUCACAAAUCUCCUGCAAACUUUAUGGGCCGUGGUAGAUACGGCUCGGACGAAGUACAAAAGCGCGCGUUGGAAGAACAGCGUCAAGCCAAGGAUGAAUUGAACGACGAUAAUCUGCUUGAUCUUGAUAGUGGUGAGCCUGCCAAGAGCGAUUUGAACAUGCUCACAGACAUUUUCAUGAACCAGCCUAGCAGUAAUAAUUCUGCCACAACAGGUGCUGCAAACAGUGCCAGCGACGAUAUUCUAUCCUUGUUUGCUUCCGUUACUGCGCCUGUGCCCACUCCAUCGGGCGGCUCUUCUGGUGCGGCUCCUUCGGCAGACCCUUUCAACUUUAGUUCGCUGAACAUCCAACCCACAAAGCCGUCACCGUCUCUAGUGGCAGCUGUCACAACCAGCACCACUUCGUCCAACGGCUCAUUUGAUGACCUCUUUGGUUCGCAAAGUGCAUCUGUACCCCCACCGACUACCUCUGGUGGAGAUUCAAAAAACGACUUGCUAGACUUAUUCUAA